AUGUUGACAGCUCCCAUCGGCCUCCCAAAUCCGGACGCUCCGCCAAAUGCUGAACUCUCUGAUCUCGAUCUUGCCAUCCUUGAAGAGAUUCGGAAACUCGAUGCCCUCCUUUAUAAAAUUCGGGAACUCGACCCCGCCCUGCUUGAUAAGAUUCGAAAAUUCGACCCAGAAGUCCUUGAUGAGCUUCGGAAAAUCGACCCUGCCCUCCUUGAUGGCCUUCGGAAAAUCCACCCGACCCUCCUAGACGAGCUUCGCAAAGUCGACCCCGCCGUCCUCCAAGAGAUGCAGCUCGAGCCUGCUGAAUGGGAUCCUGCCAUCAUUGGUGCGAUUCGUAAAUUGUAUUUGAAAUUAAGGGAGGAAGAUGAAGAAGUGGCCGAGAGGAAUACUUGUAGCGGGCACCAAACUGCAAAAGAAAACGAAAAUGGAAACCAGAAGACACAGAGCGAAGAGACGGAUGGAGGAGGAGGAGGAGAAAAUAAGAAUGACAAUGGCGGUGAGGUGAUGAAGAUUGGUGAAGAAAGAAGCAGAAGCCAGCAUUAUCCAGUGAGGCCUGAAGCUGGAGAAGGAAAAACAGGAAGGAAAAACAGGAAAAACAGGAAAAACAAUCAGAAUUAUUUCAGGUCAGGAGGACAGUGUCCAAAUCUCUACGCUUCCCCAAAUCCAGGUAAUGACGACGUGCUUUCCCCAAAUCCUGGUAAAGUCGACACGGUCCUACAGGUUGACCCUGCUGAAUUGGAUCCUGCCAACAUUGAUGCGAUUUGUAAAUUGUCUUUGAAAGAAAAGGAGGAAGGUGAACAAGAGGUCGAGGUUAGUUGUAGUAGGCCAGAAACUGAAAUCAGAAACAAAAAUGGAAACAAGAGACAGAGUGAAGACAGGGAUGGAGGAGGAGGAGGAGAAAAUAAGAAUGAGAAUGGUGGUCAGGUGGAGAAGAAGGUUGAUGAUGAAAGAAGUAGAAGACAUCAUUACCCAGUGAGGCCUCCUGGAGCUGGAGACUCUUCGCAUAAUCUAAAGACUGGGACUCAUAAGUUUGGGUCCAAUUGCAAGUUUAACCGCACUAGUAGAAGCAAAAACAAUCAGGUGUCUAAGGACAAGAUGAAGGAAAGGGAAGGGUUGGCAGAGAAGCCAGGCCAGACAGAAUGCAAGAAUUACUUCAGGUCAGGAGGACAACGUCAAAAUCGCUAUGCUCCCCCAAAUCCCGGUGACAACGACUCAUUUUCCCCAAAUUCCUACGUUCCCCCAAAUCCCGGUAAUGACGGCGUCCUUCCCCCAAAUCCAGGUAAAGACGAUGUCCUUCCCCCAAAUCACGGUGACACUGACUGCGAUCUUGCCACCCUUAGGGAGAUUCUGAGACAUAAGACUGCCCUCCUUGGUAUUAUUCGGAAACUUGAUGCUGGCCUCUUUGGUGGUAUUCAAAAAAUCGACCUCGCUGUCCUCCGUGAGAUGCAGGCUGACCCUGCUGAAUGGGAUCCUGCCAUCAUUGAUGCGAUUUGUAAAUUGUCUUUGGAAGAAAAGGAUGAAAGUGAAGAAGAGGUCAAGGUUAGUUGUGGUGGGCCAGAAACUGAAAUCAUAAAUGAGAAUAGAUACAAGACACAGAGCGAAGAGAGGGAUGGAGGAGGAGGAGAAAAUAAGAAUGAGAAUGGUGGUGAGGUGCAGAAGAAGGUUGAUGAAGAAAGAAGCAGAAGACAUCAUUACCCAGUGAGGCCUCCUGGGGCUAGAGACUCUUCGCAUAACCUAAAGACCGGGACUCAUCAGUUUGGGUCCAAUUGCAAGUUUAACCUCACUCGUAGAAGCAAAAACAAUCAGGUUUCAAAGAACAAGAUGAAGGAAAGGGAAGGGUUGGCAGAGAAGCCAGGCAAGACAGAAUGCAAGGUUUCAAAGAACAAGAUGAAGGAAAGGGAAGGGUUGGCAGAGAAGCCAGGCAAGACAGAAUGCAAGGUUUCAAAGAACAAGAUGAAGGAAAGGGAAGGGUUGGCAGAGAAGCCAGGCAAGACAGAAUUCAAGAAUUACUUCAGGUCAGGAGGACGUAAAUCCGGAAAUGCUUGUGCUUUAAACCCCAGAAGAGGGGAAGCUUCUGUAGCUCCAAUUCUAGAAAACUUUAUGGGCCUGCCAAUUCGUCCGGGGGAGAAAGACUGUCCCUGCUAUAUGCGAACUCUCUCCUGUAUGUAUGGAAUGAAGUGCAGGUUUAAUCACCCUGAUCCUACACCUGCAGGAGAAUCUGACCCCCCAUCUGGAAAUGGUAAUGGUGGACCUGCAUCAUUACAAGGUGCAUCGUCAGCAACAGCAGCACGAUGGUAUGCACCAAUAUCAUUGAACAAUGCUCCACUUUAUGAGCCAAUAAUGAUUCCGCCAUCUCAAGAGUUUCCUUCUCAAAAUACAGAAUGGAAUGGUUAUCAGGCUCCAGAAAGUAGCAUGCCUGCACCUCCACCAUAUUUUAUGAACCACUCAGUGACUGAAACCAACACCUAUGAACAAUAUCCACAACAGAAGCAAGUUCAAGAAUUCCCAGAGCGACCUGGGCAACCUGUUUGCAUGUACUUCUCAAGAGCUGGGGAUUGCAAGCAUAAAUCUAAUUGCAAAUAUCACCAUCCAAAAAAUCAGACUGCAGUGCCCCCCUCAUGUGCACUGAGCGACAAGGGCCUGCCUUUGAGACCAGGUCAGAACAUCUGCACACAGUACAGUGCGUAUGGCAUUUGCAAUUCUGGGCCAGCUUGUAAAUUUAACCAUCCGUCAUUAUGA